UUGGAGCAGCGGCCACACCGAUACACAGCUGCUGUUCCUGAUUAGAACAGCAAUACACGUGCAGUGAAUCGCCACUGGACACUAACUUCUUCGAUUAUCCAUUUGGAAACCUAUUUUUAGAACGUCUGAAGUAAUUGACUGAAGAGGAUUUGGUGUAGCCUACUUCUUAGCCAUUUCAGGUCAGUAUUAGACAUUUCAGGUCAGUGGAACAAGAGUCGAGCAAGGUAUUGGUCAUAGCCUACACUUGUCCUUCUGUGUCUCUAAAGUGGACGCAAACAUGACGACUGAGAGCUCACAGCAACAUCUGGUGCCGUCUCAUCCUCUGAGAUGCAGCCCAGCAGCCGGAGUGAUGCACGCCACACUGAUGAGCGCACAGCCAGUGGCGGAGAGCUCACCAAAUGCAUCAAACAAAGGGAAAAAGGGCAACUCUGGCUUGAGGCGACCUGAGAAGCCGCCCUAUUCAUACAUCGCCCUUAUUGUGAUGGCUAUCCAAAGCUCCCCGACAAAGACGCUUACUCUGGCAGAAAUAUAUCAGUUCCUUCAGGCCCGUUUCCCGUUCUUUAUGGGGUCUUACCAGGGCUGGAAAAACUCAGUGAGGCACAAUCUGUCUUUAAACGAGUGCUUCAUCAAACUGCCUAAGGGCCUCGGCAGACCAGGGAAGGGCCACUACUGGACUAUAGACCCGGGCAGCGAGUUUAUGUUUGAGGAGGGAUCCUUCCGUCGCAGACCUCGCGGAUUCCGUAGGAAAUGCCAAGCUCUGAAACCAAUGUAUCGAAUGAUGAAUGGCAUCGGUUUUGGAGCGUCGAUACUGCCCCAAAACUUUGAUUUCCAGAACCCCUCCGCGUCCUUGGCAUGUCAUGCUAACGGUUACAACCUGGACGUGAUGGGGAACACGGUGCCAGGGAGCUACGACGGGCUGGGUGGAGGGCAUCAUGUCCCUCAUAUGUCACCAAGCCCCGGGUCCACCUACAUGGCGGCUUGUCAGGUGGCGUCUAAUGGAGACUACUGCCCGGACAGCAGUAGUAGCCCUUUGCACACCUCCCCGGCUGCGAUGGCAGUGGGCGCUUUGGACUGUCAUUCUCCCUACGCCAGUGCUUCUCCCUAUGCCAGUGCCCCCCCACACUGGGCAUCACCUGGUAUGUCUCCAUAUAUCAAGCAGCAAUCCCUGGCCUCAAACAGUCCCACAUCCUCCACCUUGCACUCCAGCAUGCCCCCAUACUCUAUGGAGCAAAGCUAUCUCCAUCACAACGGAAGGGACUCAUCUGACAUUUCAGUGGGAUUAUCUCGAUACUCAAGCCCUUCAUCGCCAGUGUGUGACAGGAAAGAUUUUUUUUUAAACUUUAACGGAAUUUCUUCGUUUCACCCGGCGACUGCCAGUGGAUCUUACUAUCACCAGCUACAUCACCACCACCAGAGCGUCUGUCAGGAUGUCAAGCCAUGCAUCAUGUGAAAUAAACGCAAUAAGACCAUUGCCAUCUUGGAUGAAGAUCACAUGAACUACACUAUAUACAAGCUAUACGCUUAUACCAUUUGUCCCUUGCCAAGUCCGGUACAAAUAUCUAAGAUGAAUUAGGGGAAUGUAGGCUAUAUAUACAUAACGUCAGGCACUCUAUUUGUCUCUGAGAAGGUCUGUGUCACGACACCAUUCCGGAGAAAUUAAAAACGACUGAGUGCAUGAAGUAAAAAUUGAAGAAAUGCAUGUAUUGCCAUUGUCCAACACUUUGUCAAUCACGGCUCAGACAGCUCUUCCAUGCCACGAUCUAUUCAGGAGUUAUUGUAUCAUUCAAUAUUGUAGGUUAGUGUGUGAGUACCAGUUAUCGACACGGAUAAAAUGCAAUAUCCAACCACAUUAAAUAUCCAACCACAUCAAAUGUGUUUACUGAAAAAUACAUGCACAUUCUCCCCGGGUUAUCUUUAGCUAUUUGCACUUAACUCUA